AUGUUAAAGCACGGAGGCUCAAGUAGUGUUGUUUGGUUUCCAACCCGCGUAUGCUCUAACCAUCAUGGCCUCAUCCGCAAAUAUGGUUUGGACAUGUGCCGACGAUGCUUCCGAGAAUACGCUAAAGACAUCGGUUUCAAGAAGGUUCGUUUGCUUUUUCCUUUAGAGGCAGACUCCCAUUACCGACAAGUUCCAUGUUUGAUCGGUCUAGUUAGUUCUGCGAAAGCAACUGCUUUGAUCUAA